AUGAAUCGACAACGAGAGGCUGAAAAGGCUUUACACGAUCAGACCAACAUUCUUCCCUUUGGACAACUUAUGGUUGUUUUCACGGGGCUGGCAAUCUCAUUACUGAUUUGCAUGGUGGACCAGAACGGUAUCAGUGUGACAUUACCAACAAUUUCACGCGAACUUGAUGCCGAGAAUACUAUCUCAUGGGCUGGAACAUCUUCGCUGAUUGCGAAUACCAUGUUCACUGUUCUCUAUGGAAGAUUGUCCGAUAUUUUCGGUCGAAAGAUUGUGUAUAUCUCCGCACUGGUGCUGCUCUGUAUUGCAGAUCUCCUCUGUGGCCUAUCUGUUAAUCCAGCUAUGUUUUACGUCUUCCGAGGCUUGGCUGGUGUAGCCGGCGGUGGUGUCACCUCUUUGACAAUGAUUAUCGUGUCCGAUAUUGUUACAUUAGAGAAGAGAGGCAAAUACCAGGGAAUCCUGGGUGCGUCUCUCGGUGUCGGAAAUAUCAUCGGACCAUUUUUAGCUGCAGCAUUCAUCAUGCGUUCAACAUGGCGUGGCUUCUUCUGGCUGAUCUCGCCGUUGGCUGCUUGUUCUGCUGUUGUGGGAUACUUCCUUAUCCCUAACAAUGCGCAUAAGGAUAGCUUCCGCAAGAAUAUCGCCCGUAUCGAUUGGUUCGGUAUCCUGGCGUCUUCAAUCGGAAUCAUCUUCCUGUUGAUUCCCAUUUCAGGAGGCGGAUCAUAUUUUCCAUGGGAUUCACCGAUGGUCAUCAGUAUGCUGGUGAUUGGAGGCUGUGCCUUUGUCGCUUUCUUGCUUAUUGAAUGGAAAGUGGCCACACUGCCUAUGCUGCCAAUUAUUUUCUUCAAAAACAAGGUCGUCUCUGCAAUUUUUUUGCAAAGCUUCCUGUUUGGCGCAGUCUAUCAAGCUAACCUUUACUACCUCCCGCUAUACUACCAGAACGCCCGUGGCUGGUCACCGAUUGUCUCUGCUGCCCUGACUAGUCCUAUGGUUGCAGCCCAAUCUGUUUUCUCUAUCACCUCUGGGCAAUACAUUUCACGCAUGAAGCGCUAUGGUGAAAUAAUCUGGAUUGGAUUUGGCUUGUGGACUUUGGGCUCGGGUCUCAUGCUCUUAUUCGGUGCCCACACUCAUCCGGCUGUUAUUGCAGUAAUCGUGGCAAUUAUGGGUAGUGGUAUUGGCUUCACCUUCCAACCCACUCUCGUCGCUCUACAAGCUCAUUGCACAAAAUCCCAAAGAGCAGUCGUAAUCGCGAAUCGCAAUUUUUUCCGUUGCAUGGGAGGUGCUUGUGGUCUCGCUGUAUCCGCUGCUCUUCUUCAAGCGACUCUUCGAUCUAAUUUACCGGCAAAAUUCUCAUAUCUGGCGGAAUCCUCAUACUCGCUUCCUUCGAGAUCAAAUCUCAGUGCCGCUGAAUGGGCUCAAAUUCUGCUCGCUUACAGCAAGGCCUCUCAUUCGGUUUUCAUCCUACAGGUCCCGCUUAUUGGUAUCUGUUUCCUGGCAUGUAUAUUCAUCCGUGACAGAGGCUUGGAACGCCCCAAAGAACCAGAAGAGAUCGAGGAGGAAAAGAGGAAGGCUGAAGCGGAGAGGGAUGCUGAGUUUGCGAUCCCUGGGCAGACCUCCGAGGAGGAUACCCAUCAUCAAACACCUGAUCAGAGCGAAAAGCGUCCUUCUAUGUCAACACUUGGCUAA